CCUCCUGGUCUUGCUGGUCCUCCUGGUCUUGCUGGUCCUGCUGGUCCUCCUGGUCUUGCUGGUCCUCCUGGUCUUUCUGGUCCUCCUGGUCUUGCUGGUCCUGCUGGUCUUGCUGGUCCUCCUGGUCCUCCUGGUCUUGCUGGUCCUCCUGGUCCUCCUGGUCUUGCUGGUCCUCCUGGUCUUUCUGGUCCUCCUGGUCUUGCUGGUCCUCCUGGUCUUGCUGGUCCUGCUGGUCCUCCUGGUCCUCCUGGUCUUGCUGGUCCUCCUGGUCUUUCUGGUCCUCCUGGUCUUGCUGGUCCUGCUGGUCUUGCUGGUCCUCCUGGUCUUGCUGGUCCUCCUGGUCUUGCUGGUCCUGCUGGUCCUCCUGGUCCUCCUGGUCUUGCUGGUCCUCCUGGUCUUUCUGGUCCUCCUGGUCUUGCUGGUCCUGCUGGUCUUGCUGGUCCUCCUGGUCUUUCUGGUCCUCCUGGUCUUGCUGGUCCUGCUGGUCCUCCUGGUCUUUCUGGUCUUUCUGGUCCUCCUGGUCUUGCUGGUCCUGCUGGUCUUGCUGGUCCUCCUGGUCCUCCUGGUCCUGCUGGUUCAGACUGGAGCUCCAGUCCUGCUCAGGACCCUCGUGUUGACCCACCAGCUGCUGGCCGUCUGAGGAGAGAAUGA